AUGUUAAAAAAACUUGAGUUAUGGAGAAAACGUGCCCUUCAAAACAAUUUUAACCACUUUCCAACUCUUUAUGCAUUUAUAGAAUCAUCCGAUGAAGUUUUUCCUCAGGACACAAAAGAUAUAAUUAUUGAACACCUCCAAAUUUUGAAACAUUCAUUUCGAAAAUAUUUUCCAGUUCCUGACAAAAAUAAAAAUUGGGUAGUAGACCCUUUUAAUGCAGAUGUCCCUGAUAUAACUGGUUUAACAACAACACAAGAAAAUCAAUUAAUCGAAAUAUCCAGUAAUUCUAAUUUAAAAAGGGUUUUCAAAGAAUCUUCUUUGUCUUCUUUUUGGUUGAGUAUAAGACAAGACUAUCCAGAAAUAUCGGACUCAGCACUAAGGCCAUUGAUGCUUUUUUCAACAACUUAUCUCUGUGAAAAAGGAUUUUCAGCUUAUGUGUACACUAAAAAUAAAUAUAGAAAUCGAUUAAAUAUAGAAUCAGAUUUACGUAUUCAACUUUCUAAUAUAGAUCCUAAAAUACCAGAUUUAGUAUUAAAGAAACAACACCAUCCAUCACAUUAA